AUGGCGGUUGCCACGAUAAUUGGAAUCUCUGCUUCUUCUAACACAAAAGUUAAUCCAGGUCAGAUUUCUACAUUCCAAUGUGACAUUCAAGGUAAUGUGGCUGGUGUUACCAUCCAGUUCCUUAUUGGUAGUCAACCCGCUGCAGAAACUGCACGCACACAAGCAAAUGGGGUUACCAGGGUUACAUUUACCGGUGAAGCAAAUCCUACUGUUACAUAUAUCUGCAGACUUGCUAGGGAUCCAUAUACAGCAUAUGCAGAUCAUUCACUUAAUCUCUUUGCAUUACCAACGUAUACUGGACAACCAAGCUCACUGACGGUUACUGGAUCAUCAGUGGAAUUGAGAUGGAGGAACUGGAGUACCAGUAGUGGAGAUGGUGGUGAUGGUCCUGUUAUUGGAUAUGUUCUAUAUUACAGACGGUCUUCAUCAUCUGGGCUCUGGAGCCACAUGCCUCAAGACAACAGUCUUACAGCCACAGUGACUGGUUUACGGUGGGAAGAAGAAUAUGAUUUUGCUAUAGCAGCGGUCAGGGAAGGUGCUGGGGGUGAAGGUCCAAGGGGAAGUAAUGAGCUAACUGCAUCAACAGUCUGUGGAGAACCAUCAGCACCAGUAGUCAGAGCAAAUUCGAGUUACAAGUUUCCUAAAAGAAUCAACAUUUUUUGGCAACGAUUAACGGCUACUGAGUCCAAGUGUUCAAUUGGCGUAGAGCGUUAUACUAUAUCUUACAAACCUGUUAACGCAGACGUGUCCAUGAUCAAUGAGAAAACAACCGUUGACGAUUUUUAUACAAUAAUGGAACUUGAAACAUACACAGAAUACAGCAUCUCUGUUACAGCGCGUAACAAAAAUUUCCCUGGGAUGGCAGGAGUGGUACAAGUGUUCUCACCUGAAGAGGUACCUCCAGUUCCAGGAGUCACAGCAACACAUGGUGGUUCAUUCCUCAACGUUUCUGUGUACCCAUCUGAGUCAUUCAGCAGAAAUCUUUAUGGGAAUAUAAUAAGUUUUGAUGUGAGAUACAGAUCAAGAAAUAGCGAAGAGUGGAAGAAUCAAACGCUUACAGCAGACCAAGGGAUCCACGGCUACAAAAUAUCAAGUGUGGUCGAAGAUGCAAAGUAUAAAGUUAUUGCUAGAGUAGUCAAUAGGGCCGGUGUGGGAAACUGGAGCCCAUUUUUCACUGCUGAGCAUAGUAGUUGCAUACAGAGUACAGGAGCAUCAAUCCCCAGAUUUAUGAUUGCAUUAGUGGUUGUUCUUUCCAUCAUCAUCUUCCUGAAUUCCUUGGUGUUUUGCCUAUGCUACAGAUGCAACCACUCAAAUGGGAAUAAUACACAUAAAUGUGAAGUCCAGGAUGAUAAUCUGGCAACAAAAACCCGAGUAGUUGAAGAAGCAACUGAACAACCGAAUAACUAUACCACCAUCGCCAUACAGCAUGAGGAUCAAUAUGAGGUCAUCCGAACAAAGACUCAAGACACGUAUGAUUGUACAAUUCAACAGACCAGUGGACACGAGGUAACUCAUGCAGAAGAAAAGAUUGGAGUUACCAAAAACAAAAAGGAGCCUUAUGAAAUCCCUUUGAAAAGUAUGGGACAGAAAUCUGACGAAGUUAUUAAUGAUAUUCCUCAAUAUACCAACAUAAAAUAGUCACUAUCUGUCAUGUCCGAUACGUGUUUAAAAGCAGGGCCUACCUGAAUGUCUACCUUUUGCAGUGUAUUUUAAAAUGUAUACUAAUGGACAACACCGAGAAGUAGAUCAUGUCAUGGGUUCCUCUCUUCCUAGAUUUGGUAAGUCCUAGGACAACAAUAUAUAACUGGUUUGUAUAAACAUUUUAGUAAUAAAAAUAUUUAAAAUGAUAAUAAUUAGAAUGAAGUAGAUGCUUCAAAAUAUAGUUUCAUCGUUAUGUUAACUGAAGUUAUAUAAUUAUUUUAUCGUUAAGAUCUGCCUAUUUAUAGUUAUUUUGGUUCUUUUGAUUUCAAAAUUUGAAACGUAAAGUUAAAUGAUGUAUCUUGUAAAGAAAUUAUAAUACAUACUCCAAGUAUUGAAAUGCACGCCAUCGUGGUGCCUUUAAAUAUUUUGACAUUAAUAAUGUUAAAAGCAUUUGAUUGUUUUGUAUUUGUCGUUUUCCUUAUCUUGACUGUUUUUUGUUUCCAUUCUGUAAGUUACGGGCUCCCAGCUGUUGGAUGCAAAUAUAAAAAUAAAAUAAAAUAACAAUAAAUGUCAUUAUUAUUAUU